UAGCUACUACUGCGGAUACAUACAGUGUGUAAGCGUGCUGUCGUCUACUCUACAUUAUAUGAUGGUGAGUGUGGGCAAGAGAGCACGUGAUGCGGAAGCAGACUCUAGCUUCUUUUGUUCCCAUCAAUCAAAGCGGACACGGACAGAGAGCUGCAGAAUCAGGAAAUCGCUGCUCUUUUGACUGAAAAUGCCACGUAAGAAGGUGACAGAUGUGUCUGGAAAUGGAUCCCUGAAGAAGAAGAGAGCUAGUGGCAAAAGGAAAGAGAGAGACUUCAGCAGUGACGACGAGUUUGACUAUGAGCAGGAGAACAACAAGAAGCCGGGGAAGCCCUCCACAAAGUCCACUCUGCAACCCGUCACUGUGGCAGAUGAUGUGAAAGAGAAAAUUAAACUUGAAUGCCCAAAAGUUAAAGGUCAACUGGUCAUAUUUGGAGCAACUAACUGGGAUUUGAUUGGAAGAAAAGAGGUCCCCAAACAACAAGCUGCUUUCCGCAACCUGGGCCAGAAUUUGUGGGGUCCGCACCGCUACGGCUGUCUAAAUGAUGUCCUGGUCAGUUGUGUGAUUUCUGGCCCCUGUGCGGCUCACAGCCUUCUCAUCACCACUGAGGGCAAGCUGUGGAGCUGGGGUCGGAAUGACAAAGGUCAGCUGGGCCACGGAGACACCAAACGUCUGGAUGCUCCCAAGUUGAUUGAGGCUCUGGCAGAUCUCGUGAUUGUCUCUGCAGCCUGCGGACGUAAUCAUACCCUGGCACUCACAGAGGAUGGUAUUGCACACUCGUUUGGUGAAAACAAGCUGGGUCAGCUUGGCCAAGGCAGCCAGACUGAUGCUGUCCUCAGUCCAGCGCCCAUUGCCUACAAUGGCCAGCCCUUGGUGAAGUUGUCAUGUGGGGCAGAGUUCAGCAUGGUGGUGGACUGCAAAGGGAACCUCUAUUCCUUUGGCUGCCCUGAGUAUGGACAGCUCGGACACAACAGCGAUGGCAAGUUUAUAGCUCGUGCCCAGCGCAUAGAGUAUGACUGUGAACUCAUCCCUCGCCGCAUUGCCAUCUUCAUUGAGAAGUCCAAAGACGGCCAGAUCAUGCCCGUGCCCAACGUGGUGGUCCGAGAUGUGGCCUGCGGAGCCAACCACACGCUGGUUUUGGACUCUCAGAAGCGAGUAUUCAGCUGGGGGUUCGGAGGUUACGGGCGUCUGGGACACACCGAGCAGAAGGAUGAGAUGGUUGCUCGCCUGGUAAAACUCUUUGAUUUCCCUGGUCGAGGAGCCAGUCACAUCCAUACGGGCUACCAGUGUUCCUUUGCCAUCAGUGAGAUGGGGAGUCUCUUCUUCUGGGGGGUGACCAACACCUCCAGAGAGUCGACAAUGUACCCCAAAGCUGUGCAGGAUCUGUGUGGCUGGAAAAUCCGCAGUCUGUCGUGCGGGAAGAGCAGCAUCAUCAUUGCUGCAGACGAGACUACCAUCAGCUGGGGCCCUUCACCCACUUUUGGAGAGCUGGGCUAUGGCGACAACAAACCGAAAUCCUCCACCAUCCCCCAAGAAGUCAAGACCCUGGAUGGCAUUUAUAAUGAACAGGUGGCGAUGGGUUACGCUCACUCUAUGAUCAUUGCCAGGCAGGACACGCCGGCCGAGCAGGAGAGACUGCAAAAGCUGCCAGAGUACAAUCCCCGAACAAUCUGAUCAGGUUUAGCGGGAAAGGUCGGAGUUCGCCCGGGAGAUGCGGCCUCUUUGCAAACGUCUCCGCUUCACUGAGGCUCACUUGCCACCAAUUUGGAUGCUACGAUCACAACGAACUUUUGAGACCAUGUCACUUAUUGAGUGAAACCUAGUUUACGUCAAGCACUAUUUUUUUUCUUCCAGGGAUGUGCUUCCUUUCCCCCUUUGUUACAUUCACUCAUUUAUUUCAUUGUCUUGUGUUGCAGUAUUUGAGAAAUAGUAAAAUUUAUGGGUGCUUCAGCAUGACCCUUACCUCUGCAGGGACAGAUGCUCCAUACGAGUGCCUACAUUUUCCACAGCCCUGUUAUGGAAGUUGUAUGUUUUCUUUAGGUUCUCAGCUUUGUUACAUUCCUUGAGUUAUUCUUCACAAUAGAUCAAUGUUGGGGCUUGUCUUGAAUGAUUGUGUUAGGGGCCAAUGAUGCGCUGUCAAAAGUAUUUGAACUGGGGAAGGUUGGGACUUUUUUGUUUUAAAUCAGCAAAGGUGUUUUUUUCCUCCCACCUUUGACAGAUCUUAGUGUGCAUUUUUCUGGUUACAUUUUCAUUCCAAUAAAGUGGUUGUUGAGAA